UCAUGUCUCUGACCAAGGCCGAGAGAACCAUCAUCACGUCCAUGUGGGGCAAGAUCUCCACACAGGCCGACUGCAUUGGCACCGAGACCCUGGAGAGGCUCUUCGCCAGCUACCCCCAGACAAAGACCUACUUCCCCCACUUUGACCUGCACCCCGGCUCUGCGCAGCUGCGCGCCCACGGCUCCAAGGUGGCAGCAGCCCUGGGCGACGCAGUCAAGAACAUCGACAACAUCUCGGGCGCGCUAUCCAAGCUGAGCGAGCUGCACGCCUACAUCCUGCGUGUGGACCCCGUCAAUUUCAAGCUCCUGUCCCACUGCCUGCUGGUGACUGUAGCCUCGUACUUCCCCGCUGAAUUCACCGCUGAGGCCCAUGAAGCCUGGGACAAGUUCCUGUCUGUCGUGUCCUCCGUACUGACUGAGAAGUACCGCUAA